GGAAACUUUGCUUUCUAGUAAACGUAGGCACUGCUCAUUGCCACCAGGAGGGUUCAUGGGAGCAUCCAUUGCCCCUGGGAUGGGUAUCUGCAGAGCUGUGUCCCUCCUGUUAAUAUCGGGCCUCUUCUCUCUGCCCCCUUCACUUUCCUGCGGGCCUUAGCUUCUGUAAACUGUGAGUCUCUCCAUGGCAGAGGCAUGGCGGGAGGUGGCAGGGGGACCCCCUCUUUUUUCUCAGGGACCCAUCAGGGCAGUAAGAGAAGACUGUUGCUGUGGAAUUGGUUGGGCGAUCAGCAGGAUCAGAGCUGGGGAAGAGACCCUCCAGGAGGGGGCCCCUCAGUUUACGGACCUCACCUGCCUGUCUUCUUCCCGCAGGGUCUCCCAUGGGAUUGCUGGGACUUUGCUGGGUGAGAUGGCAUUGUGUGCAAAAAAGCGCCCCCCAGAAGAAGAAAGGAGGGCGCGGGCCAAUGACCGAGAAUACAACGAGAAGUUCCAGUAUGCGAGUAACUGCAUCAAGACCUCCAAGUACAAUAUUCUCACCUUCCUGCCUGUCAACCUCUUUGAGCAGUUCCAGGAAGUUGCCAAUACCUACUUCCUGUUCCUUCUCAUCCUGCAGUUGAUCCCGCAGAUCUCGUCCCUGUCCUGGUUCACCACCAUUGUGCCUUUGGUUCUUGUCCUCACUAUCACAGCUGUCAAGGAUGCCACUGAUGACUAUUUCCGCCAUAAGAGUGAUAACCAGGUGAAUAACCGUCAGUCCCAGGUCCUGAUCGAUGGAAUUCUCCAGCAAGAGCAGUGGAUGAAUGUCUGUGUUGGUGAUAUUAUCAAGCUAGAAAAUAACCAGUUUGUGGCGGCGGAUCUCCUCCUCCUUUCCAGCAGUGAGCCGCAUGGGCUGUGUUACAUAGAGACAGCAGAACUCGAUGGAGAGACCAACAUGAAAGUACGUCAGGCGAUUCCAGUCACCUCGGAGUUGGGGGACAUCAGUAAGCUCGCCAAGUUUGAUGGUGAAGUGAUCUGUGAACCUCCCAACAACAAGCUGGACAAGUUCAGUGGAACCCUCUACUGGAAGGAGAACAAGUUCCCCCUGAGCAACCAGAACAUGCUGCUUCGGGGCUGCGUGCUGCGGAACACCGAGUGGUGCUUCGGCCUGGUCAUCUUUGCAGGUCCUGACACUAAGCUGAUGCAGAACAGUGGCAGGACGAAGUUCAAGAGAACAAGUAUUGAUCGCCUAAUGAAUACACUGGUGCUCUGGAUUUUUGGAUUCCUGGUCUGCAUGGGUGUGAUCCUGGCCAUUGGCAAUGCCAUCUGGGAACACGAGGUCGGGAUGCGCUUCCAGGUCUACCUGCCCUGGGAUGAGGCGGUGGACAAUGCCUUCUUCUCUGGCUUCCUCUCCUUCUGGUCCUACAUCAUCAUCCUCAACACCGUCGUGCCCAUUUCGUUGUAUGUCAGCGUGGAGGUCAUCCGCUUGGGCCACAGCUACUUCAUUAACUGGGACAAGAAGAUGUUCUGCAUGAAGAAGCGGACGCCCGCCGAGGCCCGCACCACCACCCUGAACGAGGAGCUGGGCCAGGUGGAGUACAUCUUCUCGGACAAGACAGGCACGCUCACCCAGAACAUCAUGGUCUUCAAUAAGUGCUCCAUCAAUGGCCGCAGCUACGGCGAUGUCUUCGAUGUCCUGGGACAGAAAGCUGAGUUGGGAGAGAGGCCCGAGCCCAUCGACUUCUCUUUCAACCCUCUGGCUGACAAGAAGUUCUUAUUUUGGGACCCCAGCCUUUUAGAGUCGGUGAAGAUCGGGGACCCCCACACGCACGAGUUUUUCCGCCUCCUUUCCCUCUGUCACACCGUCAUGUCAGAAGAGAAGAGUGAAGGGGAGUUGUACUACAAAGCCCAGUCCCCGGACGAGGGGGCCCUGGUCACUGCAGCCAGGAACUUUGGUUUCGUAUUCCGCUCUCGUACCCCCAAAACGAUAACUGUCCACGAGAUGGGCACAGCCAUCACCUACCAGCUGCUGGCCAUCCUGGACUUCAACAACAUCCGCAAGCGGAUGUCGGUCAUAGUGCGGAAUCCAGAGGGGAGGAUCCGACUCUACUGCAAAGGGGCCGACACCAUCCUGCUGGACCGGCUCCACCACUCCAAUCAGGAGCUGCUCAACAGCACCACCGACCACCUGAAUGAGUACGCAGGGGAAGGGCUGAGGACCCUGGUACUGGCCUACAAGGAUCUGGAUAAAGAUUACUACGAGGAGUGGGCGGAGCGACGGCUCCAAGCCAGCCUGGCCCACGACAGCCGGGAGGAUAGGCUGGCCAGCGUCUACGAGGAGGUGGAGAGCGACAUGAUGCUGUUGGGUGCCACGGCCAUUGAGGACAAGCUUCAGCAAGGGGUUCCGGAGACCAUCGCCCUCCUGACACUGGCCAACAUCAAGAUUUGGGUGCUGACUGGAGACAAACAAGAGACGGCCGUGAACAUUGGCUAUUCCUGCAAGAUGCUGACGGACGACAUGACCGAGGUGUUCGUGGUCACUGGCCACACCGUCCUGGAGGUGCGUGAGGAGCUCAGGAAAGCCCGGGAGAAGAUGAUGGACUCGUCCCGCACCGUCGGCAACGGCUUCAUGUGCCAGGAGAAGCUUUCUGCUCCCAAGCUCACGUCUGUCCUGGAAGCUGUCGCUGGGGAGUAUGCCCUGGUCAUCAAUGGUCACAGCCUGGCCCACGCCCUGGAGGCAGACAUGGAGCUGGAGUUUCUGGAGACGGCGUGUGCCUGCAAAGCUGUCAUCUGCUGCCGGGUGACCCCCUUGCAGAAGGCGCAAGUGGUGGAGCUGGUUAAGAAGUACAAGAAGGCGGUGACUCUUGCCAUUGGCGAUGGCGCCAAUGACGUCAGCAUGAUCAAAACGGCGCACAUCGGUGUGGGCAUCAGCGGGCAGGAAGGGAUCCAGGCUGUCCUGGCCUCCGAUUACUCCUUCUCCCAGUUCAAGUUCCUGCAGCGCCUCCUGCUGGUGCACGGACGCUGGUCCUACCUGCGCAUGUGCAAGUUCCUGUGCUAUUUCUUCUACAAGAACUUUGCUUUCACCAUGGUCCACUUCUGGUUUGGCUUCUUCUGCGGCUUCUCGGCCCAGACCGUCUAUGACCAAUAUUUCAUCACCCUCUACAACAUUGUGUACACCUCCCUCCCCGUCCUGGCUAUGGGGGUCUUUGAUCAGGAUGUUCCGGAGCAGCGGAGCAUGGAGUACCCUAAGCUGUACGAGCCAGGCCAGCUGAACCUUCUCUUCAACAAGCGGGAGUUCUUCAUCUGCAUCGCUCAGGGCAUCUACACCUCGGUUCUCAUGUUCUUCAUCCCCUACGGGGUGUUUGCGGAGGCCACCCAGGAUGAUGGCACCCAGCUGGCUGACUACCAGUCCUUCGCAGUCACUGUGGCCACAUCCCUGGUCAUUGUGGUUAGCAUGCAGAUUGGGCUGGAUACAGGCUACUGGACGGCCAUCAACCAUUUCUUCAUCUGGGGCAGCCUGGCUGUGUACUUUGCUAUCCUCUUUGCCAUGCACAACAAGGGGCUCUUUGAAAUGUUUCCGAACCAGUUCUGCUUUGUGGGUAACGCCCAGAACACCCUGGCCCAGCCCACGGUGUGGUUGACCAUUGUGCUCACCUCCGUCGUGUGCAUCAUGCCUGUGGUCGCCUUUCGCUUCCUGAAGCUGAAUCUGAAACCUGACCUCUCUGACACGGUCCGCUACACCCAGCUGGUGAGGAAGAAGCAGAAGGCCCAGCACCGCUGCAUGCGGCGAGGGGGUCGCACAGGCUCCCGCCGCUCCGGCUACGCCUUCUCCCACCAGGAAGGCUUCGGGGAGCUCAUCAUGUCCGGCAAAAACAUGCGGCUCAGCUCCCUGGCGCUCUCCAGCUUCACCACCCGCUCCAGCUCCAGCUGGAUCGAGAGCCUCCGUAGGAGAAGGAGUGACGGCGCCAGCAGCCCCAGUGGUGGGGCCGACAAGCCCCUCAAGGGGUGAAGGCUGGGACGCCCUGGUCAGAGCACACGGGGCCGGCCGGGCACCGAGGGAACUGCUGGUCCUCAUUGCCUUUGGCCAGGGGGUGUCCUCCUUACCACCCCCAUCUCCUCCCUGCGUUAGACUGUCCUGCUGGUCCCACUCUGAGGGGCUGGGGGGGAGCAUCCCCAGCAGAGGCCCCCCCACCAGCUAGGGGGCAGAGGGAGUAGGCCCCAAGAGCAGAGGAGGGGGGCUGAGUCUUCAGGACCCAGCCUUAAUGCGGGGCCAGGUGUGGAACCAAAACCAAGAAGAAACUGUGAGAGAUUGGGUCUGCCCCUGUCCUGCCCAGAAGCCUGCAGGGGGACUCUAAUCUCUGUAUUUUUUUACUCCCACUCCCCAGAGGGGUCCCGGAGCCCCUGUUCCUGAAUCACAUGAGAAUGUAUUGUGCCGGGAAGCCAGAGACCUGCGGGGGCCUCCGGACCCCUCCGUAUUGUAUGUCUCUCCUUGAUUCGCGUUUGUGUUCUCACUUUGGUUUUGUCUUCUUGAUUUGGCAAGUGGAGGAGGCCUUUAUGUGACCUGCAUGUCGUGGCUGGUGUCUUCACUGUCCUGGGGAAGAAGAGGCUGGCCCACACAGGGAUGCCCGUCUUGGCCCGGGCCUGGCUGGGCGGGGAGCCAUUUGGAAGGAGCCACAAGGCACAGUUGGCCCCCUGGUGGCCGGACGCACAUUUCCCAAUUCCUGGAUUCCCUAAGUCCUGCUGGCAUUGGACUGGAGCCUGGGAAACUGCCCCAUCCUCAGUGAGCUGAAGCUGGGUACGAAGUUUGAAUUUUAACUUUAGGUGAAGUUCAUUAGCAGGCUCCCUUCUGACUUCCCUUCUGCCUCCUUAUCUGGCGCUUUCUUGCACCUGCACCCCAGCACUCUGAGCACCCUGAGGUGGAGAGGAAAGCUGGCCUCUGCUUCUCCUGGGAAAUCAGGGGUCCCAGCCCCUCCAGGCCCAGUGUCUGGCAAGAGAAGGUAGUUUCCCAUACAGGGUGGUGGCGGAGGAGGGGCAAGGCGAAACUGGGCUCGGCCAGGAGACCGCAGGCCCAGGGCCUGGCUUGGUCUGCACGGGACUCAGCGGAGCCUCGUCACAGCCCUUCCCCUCCAUGGCGCACCUGGGACACGCUUUCCCCACUUAGGUGUCUCAAGUUAGUUGCUACCACAUCAGCCUCGAGAAGAAUCCCUUCCUCGUCCAUGGUGGUGGAGUGGGUGCUAUGUCAGGAGUGCUGUGGAGCUGGGGAUGGGCAGGGGGAACUUCCAUGCUUCAUGUGGGGGCCCUGGAGGAACUGGAAGUGGGUGGCAGUGAGAUGGGGGUGGGCUGGGCAGGGACUUGGGGAAGGGGAAGUCUUGGCAGGGAAAUCCCUUUGGGCCACGCAGUUUACAAACCCAACAUCGUGUCUGUGUUGUGUGUCUCUCAAGGUGAGAGUGAUUUUUAUACCAAAGACGAAAUGAUUUUUUUUCAUAUUUGGUUUGUCUAUAUUAUAUAAAUAUAUAUAUAUAUAUAUAUACAGUUAUAUACAUAUUAUUUUUUUGGUUCUCUCUCAUUUUUUAGGGAGGGAGGAAACUACCAAGUUGCAUUGAGCUGUAAUUAAGGAACAUUCUGUAUAAUUUAUGACACAUUUCUAUACUUGCAAAAAUUAUAUCAUUUUAUGAAUAUAAACAAAGCCUUUUUAUAAAAUUUCAAUUUCUGAGAAGUGUGUAAUUUGUUUGUUUUCUGAUGUUUAACCAAGACUGGUGGCAAAAGUAAAGACAGACAAGCUGUCUCCGGUAGAUCUGAGCCAAGGUGGAGGGUGCAGU